AUGCUAACUCACGCCACACAUACACAGAAGCAUUCUAUCACGCAACCACCCGAUGCUAACUCACGCCCACACAUACACAGAAGCAUUCUAUCACGCAACCACCCGAUGCUAACUCACGCCACACAUACACAGAAGCAUUCUAUCACGCAACCACCCGAUGCUAACUCACGCCACACAUACAGAAGCAUUCUAUCACGCAACCACCCGAUGCUAACUCACGCCACACAUACACAGAAGCAUUCUAUCACGCAACCACCCGAUGCUAACUCACGCCACACAUACACAGAAGCAUUCUAUCACGCAACCACCCGAUGCUAA